AUGGCCUCUGUUUGUGGAGGCUGCUUGGCAUUACAAGAUGCCGGUGUUCCUGUGAAAAGCAUGAUUGCUGGCAUAGCAAUGGGUAUGGUUCUCGACACUGAGGAAUUUGGGGGUGACGGAACUCCACUCAUUCUGUCUGACAUAACUGGAUCAGAAGAUGCUUCUGGAGAUAUGGAUUUCAAGGUUGCUGGAAAUGAGGAUGGAGUAACUGCAUUUCAGAUGGACAUAAAGGUUGGAGGAAUCACUUUACCUGUUAUGAGAAAGGCAUUGUUGCAAGCAAGAGAUGGCCGAAAGCAUAUUCUUGGUACUGGGAACUGA